AUGUCGACAGAGUGUGAGACAGAAGAGGUCUCAGAUUUGCCCACCGAAGGGACGAAUAAUUCCUCGCGUUGCUCCCGUCGCAGCUUUGCUGGUCCAAUGAAGAAAUUGAUGAAGCGACUUAGCGGAAUGCCACCAGAGACGGGACCCCCCAAGACUCCCAGGCUGGAGCCGGUCCCGAAGAAACGGGUGUCUUUUCAGGGCUGGAGGCAUCGUCGAUCGACAAACAGGGUGAAAAACGACAAUUCCGCAUCGCGUGUUAUGCCACCGCCGACUAGUGCUGGUUUAAUUCGUCAAUCGCUUUUACCAAACAUGCAAUUACCGAGGCAUUCAAUUACCACGGCACCGCCUAGACGUCGUGCUCCACUGCGUGCAGCUCCUAUCGCGGAACCAGAAGAAGUUAAACUGUCGAAGGAGAAAAAGCCUAGAACCAUUUCAUCCGCGGCUCGUCGAUUUUCCGCCAUUACAACGAAAUCGAAAAAGUCGGGUCUUGAGCGUAAGCGCGUGACCGAGUUCAUGUGUGCUCCAAGCACGAAUUCUGGUCGACGUUUUUCGUGUGGCAGCGCGAUGAGUGAACUCGACGACAUUUCCAACGUUUCGCCUCCAAGGGAGUCCCCAUUUGGGGGACCUCUCAGACGCAGCGAGACGGUGUACCUCCCGCCGACGGAUAUCAACGGCCGCAUCCGAAAUUUCUCCAACACAGCUUCCUCGUCGGGGUCAGCCGGGCUGUUCAGUAGAGACAGUCAAAGACGGACGCCAGUGUCGGUGUUCUCGGAUGGCAACCGCACACCGACACCGUCGUUGCCUCCACAGCCACUGGAGUCCCAGAACACCGGUUUGUCGUACGACGAGCAAAUCGCCAACGCUAAAAAGUGGUCCGAGCGUCUGCAGGCCUCUCUGAGCCGAGCCGGUCGAAGGAAAGUUAUUCGGGCUGGCAAGACAUUGUUCAACAAGAGUCCAGCAAAGGGUAUCGAGUAUCUAAUCAAUAAAGGGAUAAUCUCAGACCACCCAGGGGCCAUCGCAAGCCUCCUCACCACUGAAGACCUCAGCAGACAGGCUAUCGGCGAGUACCUGGGGCGGCUUUCUGACCCUUUGGCUGUCAAGGUGACCAAGGAGUUUGUUAGUCGGCUGGAUUUGCGUGGUUUGGAGGUGGAUGAAGCGCUUCGGAAACUCCUGGCCUACGUUCAUCCAGAGGGUGAAUCGCAAAAAAUUGAAUUCCUCUUGCAAACCCUGAAAGACGCUUACAUCGAGCAGAACCGUGAGAAGGUGGCGGUAGAUUUCCGUGACCUGGAGACAAUCGCAGUCCUUGCCUACUCGGUGAUGAUGCUCCAUACAGGCUUCUACAAUCCCAACGUCAGGCGACACGCCAGACCCAUGACACGCGAAGAGUUCGUCUCCAACAACCGCGGAAUCGAUGACGAGCACGACGUCCCACUCGAGAUCCUGGAAGGCAUUUACAAGCGGGUAACUGCCUCGGAAUUCAAGUCCCUCCCUGACUUGACUGACCGGCUGCGCGAAGUGGACCAAAUCUUCACGGGUCCGUUGAAACCGGAGAAAUUUGUGGAGCGCCAUCGACGCUUCGUGGCGUGGACUGUGGCCUAUGACGUCAUCGAUGUGACCGGGCGUAGACCGUUCAUAUCACGAACGUCCUCACAGCUUCGUGGAAUUUUCAUCUUCAACGACCUACUAGUGAUUGCCAAACCACUUGGCUGGUUCCGGAGCAACGCGGUGGACGAGCUAUUCGGCUACAUGACGCCCAGUCAGUUCCCGGGUGAUCUGGCCGGCGGAAGUCGUCGACUUCGGUCGCUCGACAGACUGGUAGGUCGAAUGGCCAGUCCUGGACCGUCGAUCACCAGUCCCCUUGGCUCGGAGUCGAACGCAGGCACUCCGGUUCCACGUCCCAAGCAUGACAGAUCACACAGCGAUGGACUCAAUGGUAUUUGGUCGACGGCAGCCCCAGUCAGUCGUCUCUUCUACAUCCGCCAAAUCAUACCCCUCCACAACGUCCAGGUGUUGGUUUUUGAGAGCGAACAUUACAAAUUUGGCGUCCAGCUGCGUGACGAUAAGAGCGUGCUGAUAAACCUCAACCUAGCGAACGGCCAAAUUCGAAACCAAUUCAUCGACUGCCUGUACGGAUCGAUGGAAGAGACGAAGGAGCUGAUUCAGAUAAAUGCAGAAAAACGGAUUUCCCCAAUCGCUUCCUCGGACAUAAUUAGACAGACGUAUUUCUAG